CAGGACAACUGAUGUAUGAUGUUCUAAAUGUGGACGGCUAUCAGUGACUCAUUAAUCAUGUUCGUGAGGAAAUGAAGAUAGCAAAAGUGAUGAUGACAGGAUCUUUGGCAGAAGUUCAUGGAGUACAUCGGACACAUUAGUCCUGUUCUUUGAGAAUUGAAGCUAAAAUCGUACAACAUGGCCUCGGAAAGAACAGAUAGAAAAAGCUGGAAACAAACGACCCUCUUCAUCCUCAUCUGCUACCUAGUUCUGGUGUCCUCCGCUAGGAGCAGAGCGAGAGGCGAUCGCAGGAAGCCGCAGAAAAUGGACGAUUUCAUGAAAAACGAUGACGACAUCAACAUCUGCAACCUGCAGGCUCACAGGCACCUCAACAUCUACUGCAUCUGCGACAACAUGCUCACUGCAUCAACAUCCACCUGUUGGAUAUUCCAACAUGGCGAGAAGCCCGACGCUGCCAUUUGGGACAAAUUUGAGUCACAGCCAUUGAUUACCAAGAUGGAGUUCCACUAUCGAGCUGUAACCGCUCAGCAUUUCGUACCUACACGUGCAUUGAGCCGUAUGAGACAGUUGAAGACUUUGGAGAUUGUUUACGGGAAUAUUGACAGGGUGAACCCGUUCGCCUUCGGGAAUCUGACACAGUUACAAGAUCUAGCGCUGACUAGGAAUCAAAUUGUGAACUUGGAGCCGUAUGCGUUUUCGAAUCUGCCAGAGUUGAAAGUGAUUACGCUGGGGGAGAACCAUAUCGUGGAGUUGAAAAGAGAUGUGUUUGUGGAUUUGCCCAACUUGAGGAAGUUGUAUAUCGACAGGAAUAAUCUGACAACGAUUCACGAGAAGGCGUUCGCACAUUUGGUGGACUUGGAGGAGCUUGAGUUGCAUGGGAAUCAGUUGACAGCCAUAACUCCACAGACGUUCUCGGGGUUGAGACGGUUGAAACGAUUAGACCUUCACCAGAAUCGACUAUCAGUGAUUGGCGAGGGGACUUUUGUGGAGAUGCCCCACCUUGAGGAGCUGAUACUUGAGGGUAAUCGCCUCCAGUACCUGAACGAGCGCGCGUUCGCCGGUUUGAAGCAUCUUUCGCGUCUCAUUUUGGGGGAAAAUCGGCUACAGAACUUGCAGCCGGGAAUUCUUCAGCCGAUGCCCAACCUGACCUACCUGGAUCUGAGAGACAACUCCCUGGAGACGCUAACUCGAGAGACGCUGCUCCCCAUGGAGGCCAACUUGAAGAAUAUGUCUUCCUACUUCUUGCUGGAAGGCAACCCCUUCAUCUGCGACUGCAGACUGUCUUGGGUGCGCACCCUGAUGAACGAGACCCCCAACGACCAAUUGAAACACGUGCUCGAAGACGUCACCUGCCUCUGGGAGGAGGAGUUCAGCAACGGGGUAGCUCCCCUCACAUCGGGCACUGGGGGGCAUCGGGCCCCCACCUAUGACUCAGAGCCGGAUGGGGUCUACAAGACCCUCCUGGACAUUCCGCCUGAGGCGCUGCCUUGUCCUGAGGAAGUCCGCGGGUUGGACCCUGAGUACACCAACAGCGAGUCGGUUUACAACCGGGAUCGGUCCAUGGCGCCUGAGGCUGGAGUCCUCACGAUCUUCAUGACCGCUGUGCUGGUUGUGGUCACGUGAACGGAGUCAGACAAUGUGUAGUAGAUCUUCGCGAGGAUCGAGAGCUCUCAACAUCUUAAUGACUCAGCGUCAAUAAAUUCAGUGAGACAAUGUGAAGAUCUUCGAGAGUUACACAGGAUUGUCCUCAACAUCCUGAUGACUGCUGUUCUGAUUAUGGUCACGUGAACUCGGAGAGACAAUGUGUAGAUAUUUCCAUGGAUCACGAGUUCUUGGGAGCGUUCUCAACAUCUUCAUGACUGCUGUUCUGCUCGUGGUGACAUGAACUCUCUGUGUGUAGAUCUUCUCAAGGAUCAAGAGCUCUCAACAUCAUGAUGACUGCUGUUCUGCUCGUGGUGACAUGAACUCAGAGAGACAGUGUGUAGAUAUUUUCAAGGAUGUAGUUCCAGGAGUGUGACACUUGAGGUUGGUUUUCAAGACUAAAUUCGUAAUUACUAACAUUUGGUAAACGUAGAUUUGUAGACUAUGUGUCUUAGUUUGUGGAGGCUAACAAGUGAUCAAUCUGGGGUUUAUAGACUGUGUUUGUGGGUACGUAAAGACUAAUACUUCGUAAGUGUGGAGUUUGUAGUCUCUGUUUAUAAAAACGUUAUAGCUAAUACUACUUAAUGUAAUUUGGUUUCGAAUAGUAUGUUUCUUAUUUUUUGAAGUCUAAUACUUGAUGAAUCUGAAUUUUGUAGAUUGUUUAAUAAAUCUCUGUGUUAUCAAGUUAAUGGAUACUGUUAUAAGCUUGAACUAAGUGAGCGAACGUUUCAGAACAGUACAUUAUUUUGUUUCGACUUUGGGUGCGUACAGACUUGUGCAUCACUUUUCAUCAGCUGAUGCUAUGCUUAUUAUAUAUCUUCAAUGUUGUAUAUUAUAUAUCUUCAACUAACUGCUUAUUAUAAAAUCACUUUUUGCUAUUAAAAAGAACGACUAGCAGUCAGAAUUUUUCUUACAAUAAAUGAAUUAAUCAUUGACUGUGACAACGAGCUCUUUUGGCAGGUCCGCCAUCUUCCCGGUUGUCUGGGACCUGCCGAACAAGCCAGGAAGAUGGCGGACCUGCCGAAAGAUCUCGUUGUCACAGUCAGUGAUUAAUUCAUUUAUUGUAAACAAAUUUUGACUGCUAGUCGUUCUUUUUAAUAGCAAAAAGUGACUUAUUAUAUCAUUGUGUACCUUACUGUUUCCAUACAAUCACAGAUAUAAUCAGCUGAUGAAAAGUGAAUUGCGCGUGUUAGUGGCAUUCAAGUCUGUAAGCAGCUUCAUACUCUUGAUGAAUCUGAGAUUUGUAGACUGUUUCAUCAAGCUUAUAAAUUUUGUUUGUAUGUACAGUAGCUUGAACUUGGUGAGAGAUUAUUCUGAGAUAUAAAUUGUGAACUGUAUUUCUAAUUUUACAAUGAUACUAUUCAGUUGUUGGAAGCAGACAUUUGAGUGUAGAUAUCACGGUCAUUUCAUAAUGGUCAAAAAUUAUCUCAUUCACUCUUUGAAGCUUGAAGUUGGAAAGAAAUUGUGUUCAUAGACAAGUUUGAACACUUGUAUUGCGAGUAUUUUGGACAUUGUCUUCAAUGUUGACUCACUAACAAUGUGUGAUCACACAUUAUGUGGAUAUUAUAACAGUAGUGAAACUUUUAAUGGAAACUUUUAGACUGUCGGUCCGGGCUGCCUAAAAAGCAGUCGUGAAGUCAUGUCAGAGGCCCUGAAAUUGAUCAGUCGCGACCUGAAAACUCUGACAUCAGACCUGAGCCAGCCAGGUCACUCGAUAUUAUUAUUAUUCAAUGGAAACUGACUUUCUGGCGAUUGAUGAAUGAAUGAUAAUUAUUAUAAAAUGAAAAUCCAAAUUUAAUUUCCAUCUAUAGAUUGAUGAAUGAUAUUGGUAGCCAGAGUAAUCAAUAAUUCAAAGAUGUGUACUUUAAAGAUCAAGACACUACCUUACAAGAAUAUGAAAUGCUAGAUUGGAAAGGAUUACAAUAUGGUUUCAGAAGAAAACACACUCUAAAUGAGAAAUGACACUCUUAAAAUCAUUCUUAGUCACUCAUGUAAGUUGGUUUCAUUUGUAAACAUCUUGUCAUUUAAUUCGAGUACUAUGUUAAUAUCACCCACUUUUAUUGAAUCUUAAUGAAGGCAUGUUUGUCGUUCAUUCUUCAUUCUCAACUUCUGGAAGUAAACGAUAUUUUAACC